CUCACUUCGAAUCCUCGAUGCCAGGCUCCAUCUCCCUUCUUCCCAGCCCUACGAGUUGUGUUUUACGACACUGUCGUCUAACGGCGGGUCUUUACGGCAGCGGCCGUAGCAGCGGGAGCGGGAGCUUGGACGUCCGUCAGUGGUGGUGGCGGUGCUGGGCGGAAGCGGCGGGGCGACGGAUCCAGGCGUUUAGGCUAGGCCGGGGCCAAGGCCGGGGCCGGGGCCGGGGCCAGGACGCGGGGCAGGAGGCGGCGGCGGCGGGGGGGUUGAUGCCCGGUGGCGGGGGGAGCCCGGCGCCCUGCAGUCUCCUGGCCGCCUCGGAGCCGCGGGGCGGCGAGGAGGCAGCGGCGGCGGGGCCCGGGUCCGGCGGCCCCGGGGGCUCCUCUUGCGGCGGGGUCGGGGGCCCCGGGCCCGGCGGUGGCGGAGGCCCUGGGGGCAGGAUGAGUCUAUCCCCGAAGGAACUCUCCAGCCUGCUGGGGAUCAUCUCGGAGGAGGCCGGGGGCGGCAGCACCUUCGAGGGCCUGUCCAGCGCCUUCCAUCACUACUUCAGCAAGGCGGACCACUUCCGCCUGGGCUCGGUGCUCGUGAUGCUGCUCCAGCAGCCGGACCUGCUGCCCAGCGCGGCGCAGCGCCUCACCGCCCUCUACCUGCUCUGGGAGAUGUACCGCACCGAGCCUCUCGCCGCCAACCCCUUCGCAGCCAGCUUCGCCCAUCUGCUCAACCCGGCGUCCCCGGGGCGGGGCGGCCAGGAGCCCGACCGGCCCCCGCUCUCAGGAUUUUUGCCUCCUAUAACUCCACCAGAAAAGUUUUUUCUUUCCCAGCUAAUGUUGGCCCCACCAAGAGAACUCUUCAAAAAGACACCUCGACAGAUUGCCUUAAUGGAUGUAGGAAACAUGGCCCAGUCGGUGGACAUCAGUGGGCUUCAGCUAGCAUUGGCUGAACGGCAGUCUGAGUUACCAACACAAAGCAAGGCUAGCUUCCCUAGCAUUCUCAGCGAUCCAGAUCCAGAUUCUUCAAAUUCUGGUUUUGAUAGUUCUGUUGCCUCACAGAUCACAGAAGCUUUAGUCAGUGGACCAAAGCCACCUAUUGAAAGUCACUUUCGACCAGAAUUUAUCCGCCCACCACCUCCACUCCAUAUUUGUGAAGAUGAACUUGCUUGGUUAAACCCAACAGAGCCUGAUCAUGCAAUUCAGUGGGACAAAUCCAUGUGUGUUAAAAAUAGCACUGGUGUUGAGAUCAAACGUAUAAUGGCUAAAGCUUUUAAAAGUCCCUUGUCUUCUCCACAACAAACACAGCUCCUUGGAGAGUUAGAAAAAGAUCCCAAGCUCGUUUAUCACAUUGGCCUCUCUCCUGCAAAACUGCCUGACCUCGUGGAAAAUAAUCCUCUAGUUGCUAUAGAAAUGUUAUUGAAAUUAAUGCAGUCAAGCCAGAUAACAGAGUAUUUUUCAGUUCUGGUCAACAUGGAUAUGUCUUUACAUUCAAUGGAAGUUGUAAAUCGACUUACGACAGCUGUUGAUCUACCUCCUGAGUUUAUUCACCUUUAUAUAUCAAAUUGUAUCUCUACCUGUGAGCAGAUUAAGGACAAAUACAUGCAGAAUCGUUUGGUGCGGCUCGUAUGUGUCUUUCUCCAGUCUUUGAUCCGCAACAAAAUAAUUAAUGUACAGGAUUUAUUCAUAGAAGUGCAAGCUUUCUGUAUUGAAUUCAGUCGGAUACGAGAAGCAGCAGGCCUUUUCCGAUUAUUGAAGACACUGGAUACAGGGGAAAAUCCUUCUGAAACUAAGACUUCAAAAUAAGGCCUCAUCAGUUCAGAGUAUCACUUGUAAUAUGUUUUAAUUUUUAAAACUGUUAGAACCCUGAAUGGAUGGAUGGCUUGGACUAAUACAUUUGCCCAUUUGAAGCAAAACUUUGCUUUUGCUUUUUUUGCUACUGAUUUUCCUUUAAAUCAAUCUUCUGGAUGAAAUAGAAGGUUUUGUCUUUGGCUGCCUUGGUGACAGUGAUCCAUGGAAAGAACUAUUAUCCUGAACUAUGAACACAAGUAGGCACUAGAGAGCAAGCUUCCUGUUUUGGUUUAUAAGAACAGCUAACUAUUUGUGAUAAAUCAUGACUCAAGCUUCCCCAAACUCAGGCAAACUUUUAAGGAAUUAUUUAAAUGGGAAUAAAGACUGCAGAAUAAAGAUUACAGAAUUUAUGAACUGAAUUGAUAUCUUGCUUUAGAUCCUACAUCCUACAAAUGUAGCAGCUUUGAUGUGUGAUUUAAUCAUUUUCAAAAUAACAAAAUGAAGGAAAAUUACACCUUUCCUUAAAAGUUUUCAUUAAGCAUACUAUGAACUUGCUAAAGAAAAACUUUUAUCAUUUACCCUUUAAGCUGCUGGGGCUUUUUAACCUGCUUUUGUGACUAUCCAUUCUGACUUUCUAACACUGGGUACUCUCAAAAAAAUGUUCCUAUUUUCUAGACUGUUUUACCUGGCUCUAUUUUUUUUGCUCAUGUUUUAUCCCUAAAAGGUUACUUCCAUUACUUGGUUUGAAAGAGGUGACAUCAAAAGGAUGAACACCAUCUAAGGAAAAGUAGAGUUCCUAAAUGUGGUUGGUAUCACCAUUCUACCAGGGUUAUUAGAGCUUGUAUUAAGUGUCAUCUUUUUACUAAGAAUUUUCAAGAAAAGCAAGUUACAUCUUCUUUGAGAAGAAUGGAAGCAUAAUGCAACUGCAAGCUGGUAUUUAAGCCCUAAUCUAUCUUAUCUUUUGGGCAACAGUGCCUUACCUCAAAAAAUCAUUUUUACACAUAUGAUUUGAUUUAUAUAUCCCUUUUCAGCAAAGGUAUAGUGCUUUUAUUAGGAAAUCCUACCUUGCCUGCCUUUCCUCUUUCAGAAGGAAAUUAAAAGCAAACCUAAGGCAGCUAUGUUGUUCCAUUCCUAUAAUUUAAUUGUUGGGGAGGUAUUCUAUAUGGAUUUGUCGAAUAAAUAGCCUAGGGGAGGUAGGAGAUUUAUGAGUUCUUAACAGUAUUUUUGCUUGGGGGAAGAACUAAAAGGUUUUAAGUACCUUUUUAAAAAAGUGGUUUAACCUGAAGACUAACAACUUCUAAGUAUAUAGACUUGUGGUACAAUGGCUUUGUGUUACAGUGGCUGGUAAUUACUUCCAUACCUUUCUGUUAUUUUAGUCUGCCUUUUUUUUUGAGAACAUUUUAAGAAAUUAAGGAAAUUAAAAUUUGGUGUGGAAGAAAAGUUGUUACUAUAUUCCUUAAUAUUUUCAAAUAGAAUUCCUAUCCUUUUAACUCAGAAACCCCAUAGCCAAUUCUAGCUCUUCUCUCCUGGACAGAGAACUCAAAUUGUAUUAAUAAAAUUAUCACUAAGAGAA